AUGACCCGUUCCCUGUCGUUUCCAGCACGUCUGUGGUGCCCCUGCAGCAAUUCGUUCGUGUGGGGCAAUAGCAUGAAGCCCCGUCCUCCCCCCGUCAAAGGGUUACAGCUUGAGCUAGAACUUGACAAGUGUAUUGGCGUGGGGCGAAGUGGUCAUGUUUACGAAGCUCACGUACUCAACGCUAAGCAGUUACAGCAGUCGCUGGGCGGGUUCAAAAUACCACGACUGUGCGUCAAGCUCGCUGAGCCCAACCGAUUACGGAGCCUCGCCCGAGAGGCCUGGUUCUAUGAGCAGCUUGAUGCGGCCGGUGCUCAGGGCGUUGUCGUGCCCCGGAACUUUGGCUUUUUCACAACACAAUGUUCGUUCUCUCAGGUUGUUCCCUGGCGAGGUAGUAGUUGGGCAUUCCACGACGAAAUGGAACACCCAGCAGACACCAGCGACAUCCAUGAUUGGCUUCCGCAGGAGCCAGAGCACCCUGCGCUCUACCGUGAUGACGGGGAGAAGAGUAACGAAAAUUCACAGUGGAAAAAUUGGAAAUGGGACAGGAACGGCGUACAAGACGUCGGACUGAUGAUCAUGGAAAGACUGGGGAAAGAGAUGGACGUGCCCGCUAUGUACACCUUCUACAACGGCGAGAGGAAGGAAGUUCUCCAUUUGUUGCAAGAUCUUGCGUGGGCGGGAGUGUGGCACGGCGACGUGCGUUUGAACCAGAUCGUGCGGCGCAAGCCAUCCUUAGUUUGCCCUCGCCAUGGAUAUGCGCAUCGUUGGCGGGUGAUAGACUUCGACCGUUCGUACGCCGUAACUGCAGUCGAUGAGGAAAGGGCUCUCCUGGCUAGAGUAGCGCAUCGAGUCUUCAAAUUGCCGACCUUUUGGGGUGGCGGUAGUGAAUAGUCUUGCUCCC